AUCUGCUGAAUCUGGGUUGAAUAUUUCUCAAUUCAAAUUGGCUGAAUGUUACCGAUAUGGUUUCGGAAUACCAAUAGAUCUUGAUCUAGCGUUAAAAUGGUAUCAAAAAGCGCAUGAAAAUGGUCACGAUCGAGCAGGAGAGCUG